AUCCUGGAAGCACGCGGAGAACCGCGAAUAUCAACGCGGCAAGGAUGCUUCGUCACCGGCGGCAAGUGUGAAGAGAUGGCGGGGGAACCGCCGGCGGGCACCGGCCGUGUGGUUCUUGUCAAGAAGAUCAUCAUGAAGGACGGAGUCGCGCUCCAGCAGGGAAUUGGCCGGCCCAGUGUAUACCAUGCAGUUGUGGUCAUCUUCUUGGAGUUCUUUGCCUGGGGUUUGCUGACCACACCCAUGCUCACAGUGCUACAUGAAACAUUUCCACAGCACACGUUCCUAAUGAAUGGGCUCAUUCAAGGAGUUAAGGGUCUUUUGUCGUUCAUGUCUGCCCCUCUGAUUGGUGCAUUAUCGGAUGUGUGGGGGAGACGUUCAUUCCUAUUGGUCACUGUCUUCUUCACCUGUGCUCCAAUCCCUCUUAUGAGACUCAGCCCUUGGUGGUACUUUGCCAUGAUCUCCAUGUCGGGAGCGUUCUCCGUGACCUUCUCUGUCAUCUUUGCCUACAUUGCAGAUGUGACGGAUGAAAGAGAGAGGAGUACAGCCUAUGGUCUGGUGUCUGCGACAUUCGCAGCCAGCCUGGUGACCAGCCCGGCAAUCGGGGCAUAUUUGUCAGCAUGGUAUGGAGACAACCUAGUCGUUCUGGUGGCUACACUGAUCGCUCUUGUGGACAUUUGCUUCAUCCUGCUUGCUGUGCCUGAGUCUCUGCCAGACAAGAUGAGGCUUAACACCUGGGGAGCACCUAUUUCCUGGGAACAAGCUGACCCGUUCGCUUCUCUGAGGAAGGUGGGUCAGGACCCCACAGUCUUGCUCAUCUGUAUCACAGUGUUCCUGUCAUAUUUACCUGAGGCCGGACAGUACUCCAGCUUCUUCCUCUACUUGCGACAAGUGGUCAAUUUCUCCUCUACAACAAUCGCUGUUUUUAUUGGAGUUGUGGGAAUUCUGUCCAUUGUUGCACAGACUCUCGUACUCACACUCCUUAUGAGGACUCUUGGUAAUAAAAACACUGUUUUAUUGGGUCUGGGCUUCCAGAUUCUUCAGCUGGCCUGGUACGGCUUAGGAUCAGAGCCUUGGAUGAUGUGGGCAGCUGGGGCUGUUGCCGCCAUGUCCUCUAUAACCUUCCCUGCAGUCUCAGCUCUGGUGUCGCAGUCUGCUGAUCCUGAUAAACAAGGCGUUGCCCAGGGAAUGAUAACAGGGAUCAGAGGUCUGUGUAAUGGUUUAGGUCCAGCUCUUUAUGGAUUCGUCUUCUUCCUCUUCAAUGUGGAGCUUAACACCAUGGACCCCAUCCAGGGAGACUUUGACCCCCUGCCUCUUCACAGUCCAACUGAACAAACGCUCAUCCCUGGCCCACCUUUCCUUUUGGGGGCAUGUACAGUGGUUGUUGCCUUCAUCGUUGCUCUCUUCAUCCCAGAGAAACUGUCCUCGAGCUCGCCAUCCUCUCCUCUGCCUCUUAGCGACAAGCCACGCCCCGCUAGCAAAGAGUCACUGUCCUCGCUGGCAGGCAUCCAUAUCAACACACCUCUCCCAGGCAGCGACGAAGAAACUCCUCCGACUGCCAGUGAUGAGGACUUUGAGCCUCUGCUGCAGGACAGUAUUGUUUGA